AAAUAAUGUUAUCAAGUACUAACUGAAGAAGUAUGGACAUCAAGAGAGGAGAUGAUGUAAACAGAAUUAAUGAAAAACUCAAAGUGAAACUAGAGUAUUCCGACAACGGAAUCUCUCAAAUCAGAAAAGAACUUCCUAAAUAAAUUCAGCUUGCUCAAAACCAGAAAUAAGCAUAUUAUUAAGUUCAAGCCGAAGAAGGAUUCAAAGAGAGAUUCGAAGGGGCUGACCAAGAAAGAAUUACUAAGACUAGAUGCUAAGAUAAAAGCAAGGGAUCUCUCACCUAUCUAUCUGUCAAAGGCCAAUUCAAAAUUGGCCAUCUCUGAGAUAUCACAAGGGACAUCAACCGUAUAUAGCCAGACUGCAAAAUAAAUUAAGCCAAAGAAAAUGACAGAAGAAGAUACUGAAGGUAGUGAGGUUUAUGAAUGCAACCAAUCCGAAAAAAACGCUAAAGAGUCCGAUUUUUCUCCAGACGCCAGUACAAAGGGGUAGAAGGAACUUGGCUUUAGCUCAGACCAAAAAGAGACUCCAGAUGGCUCAUAGCGCUCAAAAUUUUAGGAAGCCUUUUGGAAGAGAUAAGAUAAGAGAAGUAUUUGAGAAGAUUUCGAGGACUACUCCUAAAACCCAGCUGAUAAAUCCGUUCUUCCAACCUAAAGGCUUUAAACUUCAUUUGCCCAAAACAACCAAUCCCUCAACUAAUCUCGAAUCUGAUCUCAAGAAUAAGCCAGACAAGGUUAAGGACACUAAGAGUUAUGAAGAAGUUCCCGAAGAAAAAGUUCACCUAAUUAUUGAUUCGCCAAAUGCACAGAAAGACACAACGUGGUUCAAGAGAAAUUUCAGGUGCUCUAAGUUAAAAGACCUUAAAAUGCAAAAUUGGAGCAGAGUCGAUUCCUUCCUAGAAGAUGAAUUCGAAAAAUCAGCUAUUGAGGAUCAUAAGGUCAGGACUAAGAACAGAUACCCGAUCAUGGUUCCUACGGAAGCUGGGUGUUUCAAAAGGGAUAAAAAUUGGAGGCUCUAAAAGCAAAUCCGAAGGCUUACGAUGACAUGAUAAAAUGAGAAAAACUCGAAAUAAUAAAGUUAAAGAAGCAGAAAGCACGAAAGAUAAUCCAAGCGGAUAUGGUCUUCAAGAUGCCAGAUUUUUAGAAAUUUGACCGAUUGUUAACAUUUUAAGCAUUUUUUGGAAAUGUAAAAAAAUUAUGAAAAAUUUCAAUUUUUCAGAUUUAUUUGAAGAAGUUAUCUGAAGAAAAUAUUAAUAUGAAACAAUAUAAUUGGAGCUGAUGGUGAAGGAGACGCUGAGGUUAUGGGUUUG